CAAGAAGUAAAUUUACGUCUGUUGAUCCAGCAUCAAAAUGUCGAGUAUGGUCGCUCCAACUCGACACAGAGAAAGAUAAAGUCAAUGAGAGUGAGUGGGAGGAGGUUAUCUGACACCAUGUGUGUUGUGUGCCGUGCAGAAACGCUUGCCCACCGUUGGCCUGACGACUGAAGAGAAGCUGCCCAUGAAAAGUCCACGGCUUACUGUUGCAGAGAGGUCACAGUCAGCCUGUCUUGAUCUUUGGCCAUUUGCGGAGAUGGACGUCUUUGGCAACAAGUUACAGCAGAAGGCUCUGCAGCAACCUAAGCAGAAGAAAUCCAAGUCGGCUGAAUUUCUGAUGGGGAGCGAGGAGAGAGCUGCUGUUGUGGGCAUAGAAAAUCCUGCGUUCAAUGGAGAAGGAAGCGCCGCGCUUUCCAAUUCUUCGAGUUGGCUGGGGAGAAAAAUGCGAGGUGACAGGCCAGAUAGCACCCUUGCAGCUCACCAAAAAAAAUUGGAGCUGCAAGCUCCUGCCAGUGAAAGAGGAAAUGAACGUGUUCGAAAUUACUUUGACCUGCCACCGCCAGAACAGACAGACCCAAGGCAAUGGGAGAUGGCUGGGGUCAGCGCCGAAGAUGAGCUGGAAUUAAAAAUACUGAAAGCAGAUGAAAACAGACUGUAUGAAAGAAUGACUGCAUUGCUGAAUGAAGAUGAAACCUUUAUAAACAUACCUGGUACGCUGCAAGCCUCGAGGGAUGAGGAGGUGUUGGAGGUGAAGGCGGGUGAUCUGGUGCUUCAGCAGCGACUGCUGCUCCACAGUGGUGGUGAUGCCUCAGGCCCCAAACCCUCCCAGGCCCAUACCAUUGCCAAACCACAGGCAGAGAGUAGUGCUUGGCUGGGAGGAGAGGGUGGACUCCAAGCAGGGAGGAUGGUAACAGGCAGGGAAAGUGCUGUAAAAACAAGAGCAGCUGAGGAAGUGAUCCCCUGCUACGCCCAGCAGCUGAGGGAGCGUGUGCGGCCUGACAUGAUCACGCUUGGCAGCCUUUCACUGCAGCAGCAACCAGAUCUGAAGGGAACCCAGGAACAGAGUGAGUGGGCAAAGAGAAAAAAAAGACUAAUGGCUUUCUUCACUGGCGAUGUUGAGGAACCCAGUUCACAGAGAGACAGUGAUGAAGUAUUAAGACCCCAGCCCAGAGUGAACACAUUGUUUCAGUGCAAAAACCUCGACAGCCUGUCGAUCAGAGCGCUCGGCGAAGGCCGAGAAGAGGCGGUGGCCAAAGAGCUCCCACAAUCCUCCUCUUCAGCAUCACAGCCCUCGUGGCAGGGGGACCAGGGAGCCCUUCUCCAAUCUAUAGAGGUGUGUGUGUGUUGCCUGAGAGCGGCAAGAGACAAGCUUCCGCGAGGUCUCUACUCUAUCAGAGUGGCACUUCAGAGCACUUUAGGAGGUUCUUCUCUUCACCUGCGCAGUUCGAAAGAGCAAACCUGGUCGGCGUCCACUGAGCCAGUCGAGCACCGAGGCCGUUUCUACGACAAUGACCUGCAUAUUAACCAGAGCGUCUUCAUGAGCUUACCUGCCACCUCUGAAAUCAACCCCUCCAUGGUUUUGCUGUUCCAACUGAUCAGCCUUCCUGGACACAGUAGCCAUUUUAGCUCUGUACUAGCCUGGGGAGUAUUUCCUGUAUGCAGCGUGAGUCUGAGUCCGGUCCAGGGCAGAUUCAAAACUCCACUGAUCAGGGGGGAGCCCAGCCCACAGCUGGACCAGUUUAAAAAAAUCGAAGCUAUCAUCUCCUCCGAUCUAGACCACUGGCUGUGCAACCUGUAUUUUCAGGUAAAGAGAAUGCCACUCGGAACAUCCGGAGGGACAGAGUUCUUUGUUACACCAUCGAGAUUCCUCUCCAACCCUAAAAUUGUAUCCAAACCCGAGGAUCACCAUGACCUGACCCUUACCCAGCGACCCACAUCCCAGUCUCAGAUUUGCCCACAUCCCCUUCUUCUCCAGUCCCAGCAGCUUCUGCAUGUCGGCCCCGGCUGCAGAGCGGGAGAGUCCACGGUCGUGCUCUCUCAACACGGUUCACCUCUCCACCUGUCAGCUGAUUCCGCUUGCUCUUCUUCAUCUCUGCCAGGGAAGAAUGACUCCCCAGAAGUCUUUUCGGGAGGCGCAGCAGAGAAGACCGAUCCGAGCCAGGAGAAAGCAGAAGUUGGCUUUCAAAACAAGAAGAAGCCAAUCAAGAAGACAAAUAGCUGCGGCCCCAGCAUGAGCGGCAGAAGCGCGCCGCCUCUCCAGGCAGACAAACAGAAGAUGCAACCAACAGUGGAGAACCUCUCCUUGGAGGAGAUGGAAGGAUAUACUUUCUUUUUACAAUCAUCACCAACUACACCGAGAUCAUGUCCCCCACGACUGUCGGAUCGAGCCCGACUCGCCCUGCGCAUGCUGCCGUCCGAGCUGGGCCUGCCGUCGUCGUGGCAACAGCAACAACCGCGCAGACGCUGGCAUGACUCCGUUCAGCAGCUCAGCCUCAUUAUUCUGCUGCUGGCUUUGAUGUGGUUUGUGAGGCUUUACCUGCAUUACUGCAGCCAGUGGCUCUACCUUCAGGCCAUUGCUGUUCCUGUCAACAAAUUUCACUUCCAUGCUCACACAGUGGAUCUCAUCUACCAGAGCUCUUUGCUCCACACCCGAGAGGAGCUGGCAAUGGUGGUGGUGGGUCCCCUGACCUUGAACGCUGUAACGUUCCUGCUGGUUCUGAUCAGAUGGGGCUGUCAGCUGAUAUUUGGCUCACUCCCUUCCUUCACGUCAAAUUUUAUCAUGGCUCAGGGAGUGUGGACAGUCCUCGACCCCCUGGCAGUCUUUGCUGUGGACGCCGUCCUCGGGCAUUUGGCCUACAGUCCCGACACACCGGUAGGAGAUGCAGCCAAGCUUUACUGGCACUUCUAUAGAGCCGAUGGAUCUGGCGCAGCAGGAGUGAUCAUCACUCUGUUCCUCUACGCGGUCCACGUCCUUCUCUCCAUCACUAUUCUCACUAUUUACCUGCUCAGAUUCCACAACGAUGGUCGCAUGUUGGAUGUCUAUCAGCGACUCACCGCCAAAGAGGGUGUGUAUUUCCUGCCUGAAGACUUCGAGUUGUCAAAUCAGGAGCUCAGCUACAUUGUCAAAAAGGCAGAGCAGUGGAGAGGCUUCAAUGGAGAGAGACGUAAGGUGGCGGUUUAUGACUCUAUCUGGACAGCAGAGGACUCUCUCUCCAGCCCCACUGCCCCCGGUGAUGAGCCUCACACUGAGGAUGGUUUGCCACCGGAGAGCGAGACCAGCACUCAUGUCGUAAUCCAAACUCUGUACCUGAGUGGCCUGAAACAAAGAUACAGACACUUCCUCCGACAACCUGAUGGGGCUAUCAUUGAGGUGAUUGGUGAACUAUAUGGACUGGACAAUGCAACCAAGGAAGUGCCUUCUUCCCUGGAUCAGAGCUCAUCCCGUCAAACAGAGGACAAGGCAGGUGCCAGCAUCUCCUUCCAGCUACGGAAACGCAAAAAACUGUUUGGCCGGUCCAAUCGUGUGGAACCGAUAGCAGGAAGUGGAUGUGGCUCGAGUUUUGCAAGACUGCCAGACCUCACUCAGUAGCAACGAAGACAACGUAAAGUUUGGUUGUGUUCUAACACAUUAGUCAAUGACAUUUUUUACAUAGCAAUUUCAGUGUUUCUAGAUAGCAACAGCUGUUUAUUACAAAAACAUUUCUUUAUGCUAACUAUAAUGCUAGGCUAAUGUUAGCAUGUUUACUCAGUUUUUUUACACAACUUACACAACAAGUCGUUUGGAUGCCAAUUUUUGGGUAACAAAGAAAAAAAAACUGUCAACUUCAUGAACUUUUUACUUUCCUUUGAACUUUGUGACAUUUAAUGACAAGUGUUUGACCGCAUAACAUGACAGCGACACAAAGGUGGUAAUAUAAAUAUUAAGAAAUUCUUAAAGAUCGUUUGGAAAAAUCAAUACUUUUUGCAUCAACAAAAAUUUGUUCAAUAAUAGUCAUGACAAACAGGCUGUGCAAAUUGUGACUGCAUCCUGCUGAUGAAAUUAAAACAGUCGGUACGUGUCGAUCCGUUCAGGCAGGGAUUCCAGUAGAGAUCCCAGAUCCAAUUUCAGAUAAAAUGGAGAAAUCUCCACUGAAAAACAUGUAACUUUGUCUUGAGUACAUUUCGUGGUGCUGUGGGUUGCAACAUUUUGUCUCCAAGAUCCUAUGCAGGCAAACCCAACUGACAAGUCAUCUGUGACCUAACAACGUCAAUAAACACUUCGACAACUCUCUAACAAUCGCAGGUUGUCAGCUAUCGCACACUGCCUCGGCUGAAUGAAAUAUGAAGAUUCCUAAAGUCACUAAUCAGAAGACAAGUGAUAAAAUAUCAAUUUUGGCCUCACAUUAAACAGGAUAAUUUUCAGGCCAGCUUGAUUUGUAUUGAAUAUGUGUCUGCUGGCCGGUGCUUAGUGUAAUGAACUGGCUCACAAAUCAGGCUGUAAUGGCCGCCUACUUACACAUAUUGCUUAAUUAAAGGUUGUGAGCUUAUUAGCAUGUGUCUCUGGCGCAGGGUGCAGGAUGAUGGGGAGCACGACUGAUGUCGUUCAGACCUUUUUAUGGAUGGCUAACCUAUCAUACUAAAGCCAUCGCCCCUCUAAAAUCUGAUCUUAAUAACCUGUCAUUUUCAUUGAUGAUGAUUUUCCCUUUAUGGCUGGCCAUUACGGAUCAAGUUCGGGGUCCUGCCGAAUGGUCAUAGCGGCCAUUUGUGCUCAUCAUUAUCAAGAAUAUACCUUACUUUGGCCUUGAAGUUGCUGCUCACCUCCAUGUUUAAACCAUCAUAGCUGUGGCCUUGGGGUGCCAGGGACAGUGCAUAUGGACACACACAGCACACUCACAUAUAUUCAAUAUUCAUUCAGCUCCAAAAGGCAGUUGGGCCUUUACAGUCUUAGAGUAGAGAAAACGAAACCAAAUAAAUGUGAAGGACAUUCAUAUUAUUUUUUUUUUCUUUUGCAUAACAACUGGAUUUAAGUCAGGAAUUUGAGUGGGUUCUAACAUGUGGUCAUGUUAUGAUCUGAAACAUCCAAAAAUAGCUCUGGUUGCAUGUUUUGGGUCACUGCCCUGCUUGAAGGUGAACCUCUGCCCAUCCUAUGUUCCAGGAUGGAAAUUGUGCUUUAAUUUGCUUCCCAGGUUGAACAAAAGCAUCCCAACAUUUUAGUGCUGCCAAAGCCAUGUGUCAUCGUGGAGUUGGUGCAUUGAGAUUAACACGGAUUGUAAUUUUUUAGCCACACAUGAUCUUGUAUUUCUGUUUCAUGUAAAAACAAAAAAGAAUAUUUUAAAAUUGUAACAUGG